CAAAUGGCUGCGCCCAUGAGAUCUUCGAUCUUCAUGUGUCAAACGUGAGAGAAAGGGUGGGUAGAUUUCCUGAUUAACAGCAUACAAGAGUGAGAUAUCAGCAUGAUGGAUUUACAUCCCAGCAAGGAGGCAUUUUACGCUAACCUGACAGGAACAACACCAUUUGAAGUGUCCCUCGUUGUGGCCGUAGCUCCUGCAUCGGAGUUACUUCGCUGGACAUUGGUUCCGGUUCUGGUGACGCUGUUCGGAAGUGUUGUCAAAAACAUAUGGUUUGCUUUUGUCUUGGAUUUCAUCACCCUGGUCCUGCCCCUUCUCUUUGCCUUCACGUUCUUGAGUGAUCACCUACAACACUUCAUCGUGGUGCUGCUAGCCACCUCAGCAACACUCCUCCUAGUCGCCUAUGUCCACCAACCAACCAAACCCAAUCGGGUUAAGAAACCUUCCAAGGCUAAACCAGCUGCCCCUAGACCCCUAUGGGAGCUCCCGAUGGGUUCGGGGAGACCCCAUUUCAUGACGAUGUUCAGGGUGCACGGGAUGGUAGCCUCCGUUAUUGCUAUUCUUGCGGUCGAUUUUCAGAUCUUCCCUCGUCGCUUCGCCAAGACGGAGACCUACGGCAGUGGGCUGAUGGAUGUUGCCGUUGGAUCGUUUAUGUUCAUGAAUGCCCUUGUUUCCAAAGAGGCUCGUGGUAAACACCAAGGUAUUUUCAGUGCCGGGAUCGCUGGAGCCAGCAAGCUCCUUAGUGAGGUAUUCUCAUCAACUGUUCCUGUGUUUGUUCUCGGUGUGAUUCGUCUCAUAUCUGUAAAGAAUACUGGGUACCAUGAACAUGUGUCUGAGUACGGUGUACACUGGAACUUCUUCUUCACCCUGGCUGUUGUAAUCAUGUCGUCAUCAGUUUGUUUGCUCAUCAUUCCACCCAGUAUGAGUGGCCUUUUCUCAUUGGCUAUUGCACUAGGCUACCAGCAUCUCUUGUCCAAUCACGGCCUUGGUGAGUUUGUACUUGAAGGCAGUGAUGGGUUUGGGAGUAGGGAAGGCCUGCUGAAUGCUAACCGUGAAGGUUUAGUGUCGUGCGUCGGGUACGUUGCAAUCUACUUUGCUGGAGUCUGGGCGGGAAGGUUUCUUUUGAAACAAAGAACUCUCUUCUUUGAUUGGUGGAUAGCUUUUCUGCUCUUAAACGUGGUCAACGUUCUAUUGUGGGUUCUGGUAGCAGCAUCGUCAACCUACAUCCAACCUAUCUGCAGGAGAACAGCGAAUCUAUCCUACAUCAUCUGGACAUUAUCGUAUUGUAUUCAACUCCUGACAUCGUACAUGUUGGUUGACAUCAUCAUUACACUAGGUAAGGAGUACAUCUGGAGGUCGCCAUACAAGCUGUCAAAAGAAAAAGCGUCUAAACACCCAUUGGUUCCAGACUCCAUCCUUGUUUCUUCCUUCAGUCCCAACCUCCUUCUCAUCUUUCUCUUUUGCAACCUCCUGACGGGAGCAGUCAACAUGUCCAUCGACACCGUCCAGCAGUCCACAGUAACCAGCAUGAUAAUUCUCAUAUCGUAUUCACUCAUCCUAUGCUUCAUAGCACUAGGGAUCCACUUCCAUGGUGAAAAGCUCAAGAUUAGAUGAUGAUCAAAAAAAUAAAUUUCUUAGGGACUGGGUUUAGACCAGGCACAUCCAAAAUCAGUUGUGGUUCUUAUGUACCCAGAGAAAAGUGUUUCAAACAAGAACAGACACUGUCACUGUGGUCCUGUGGUUAAACUGUGGGACUUGCUAUCACAAGGUUGUGGGUUCGAAUCCUACCAAGCUAACCGCUGAAUUUGUGCAAUUCAUAAUCAUAUAUCAUAAAACAAUAUUUGUAUGAGAGAGAUUUUCUGUUAAACUCCAUGGUGAAGAGCUCAAGUUUAGAUUGAUAAUAAGCCUAGAAGACUAGUGUCUUAGUUGAUUGCUUAGUCGACUCACAGCUACCGUUUUUCAACUACUCGGUUAAUCAUACUGCCACGACUACUAGAUAAAUAGUCCUGACUACCUGCUUGGUGAACCAAUUGUGUCGCUCAGGACAAUGUUGUUGUUGAAUUUAUAUUCACAGCAACAUAAUUUACUUACAAAACACAAUCAGACAUCAGUGACCCAAUCUUUAAAUCCUUUCAGCGUCAAUUUUGCUAUUGCGCCUGUGGCAAAUAUUAUUCCGCAAUGUAUCUUGGGAAUUAAAAAAAGACAAAGUCGAAGUCAGGAAUAUUCAAGGAGCGACUAGUUGAGUAGUAAAAUUUACUAGUCGCCUCUCUUAGAUAUCUAAACUGCUCACAAGAAGUUAAGAAACUUUUUUCAAUCUUGAUAUUUUUAUUAUUUAUUACCCUCUUGCAUUAUGUUGCAUAUUGAUAGAAAGCUGGAGUGUUCUUCUUUAAAAUGAUACCAAAUGUGCAAUGAUGACAUGUUGCUGGACUUGGCCACAUUUAUGAGAAUGAGA